AACUCGCUCUCAGUUUAAAACAGUAUUUCGACGGAAAUUGACGUGUUUUUGGUGAUAUUUUGCAAAAUAUCGUGUUUUGCCGCAUUUAUUUCAGAUUAUUAAAAUAGUUAAAUGUUUAAAUCAUUAAACUAAAAAUUAUUUACAAAUCGUACUUUUUACGGAAAAGCAAUUGUAUAAAAUACAGAAAACUGAAUUGUUGAAACAAAAUCAAAAGGAUACAACAACAAAAAAAAAACAAAGGCCACAUAAUUUUACUAUCACACACAAUUAUUACGUGAAAAAUCGAUAAAAAUAGAUUUUAGAAACAAAAUAUUUUGUGUUGAUAACUUUAAUAGUGUGUGUGUGUGGACAACAGAAAAAUAUACGAAAGAUCUAACAAACAAGCCAACAUCAAAGCAACUACAAGGAAAAUAAUAAUAAAACAAAAUUUCUGCGCGAUUGUGCGAGGUUGUUUGUCUGUUUGUUGCGUUUGAACUUGGUUGGUUGUGUUGUUUACCUCCAGGUUUGAUGACGAAUUUUCAUAUUUUUUUUUAAACGAAAAUCAAUCUAAUUGCAAUACCACAUUUCUAUAUAUUUUUGACGUAAACAAAUUAUCUUAAAUUGACUAAACUACUAAAUACCAUCAUUUUUAGUAAAUAACAACCGAUAAUAAUAUUUAAUUUAAAAAAAUUAAAAAAAAGUUCACAAAUCAUCUCUUAGAGUUCCAGUAAUUUUGAUAUUAAUUUUGGAUCAAUAGUAUGGGCACAGAAACCAAAAUAAAUUGUUAUACUGAGAACACUUCACCUGGCAUUAACCGUGUUCCAAAACUCUUAAAGCGCUCUUCUGCAACUGAUUUUAACAAUACCUGUAUGAACAAUGGCAAAUGCUCAUCGACAAAUCUUGUAACGUCUGUCACAAAUAGUACAUUCGCCCAACAUCACCACUCUUCAUCAUCACAAAUAGCUGUUGCCGCAACUGUGCCAUUUGUGCCCAUACAAGUAGAUGAAAAUGCCGUUAUUGAAGGUGCUAAGGAAAUAUUGAAAGUAAUACGACCAGCAUGGGAUCUGAAUUUUGUUCAAUUCAAGAAAUUUACUGAUGGCAUUACUAAUAAGCUAGUUGGUUGUUUUUAUAAUCCACCCAGAGAUUAUCACAUUACUUCCAUUACGAACAGCCUUCAUAGUACGAAAAUCAACGAGAGUGAAAUUUCAGAUUCAGAAGUCCUGCCACAAAGUUCAAAUACGACCAUCACAGCUGAUGAUAACAAUGAUUCCGGAAAUCUUAGUGACGCUGAUGCCGACAUUGACAAUGAAUCUGCGAUGUCAACAAACACAAACAUGACGUCAACAAGUGAAUCGUCGCCAACCAAAAACGUAGUACUCGUUAGAGUAUAUGGAAACAAAACAGACCUACUUAUAGAUCGUAAGGCCGAAACCCGAAAUAUUAUACUUUUGCACUCAUAUGGAUUUGCACCAAGUCUUUAUGCAACUUUCAAAAAUGGGUUGGUUUAUGAUUUUGUACCUGGGGUAACUCUUAAUCCUGAGAGUGUUCUUAGGCCAGAAGUUUGGUCAUUGGUGGCUCAACGUAUGGCUGACAUGCAUAGAUUAGUGAAGCCGAAUUGGGAUCAUGGAGCCACCACUAAGCCAGUGCCAAUGCUGUGGAAAAAAACACAAAGUUUCUUUGAUUUAGUACCUGUUAAAUUCACUGAUGCCAACAAACAAAAAAGACUUGAGGACACAUUUUUACCUAUAACACGCAUGAGACAGGAAUUCGCCGAACUCUACAAACGUUUGGAAGCUUUGGGGUCACCGUUAGUGUUUACGCAUAACGAUUUAUUGCUGGGCAAUGUUAUUUAUACAGAAUCCUCUCAAACUGUGACUUUUAUCGAUUAUGAGUAUGCCGAUUACAACUAUCAGGCCUUCGAUAUUGGAAAUCAUUUUACUGAAUUUGCUGGUGUUGACACCGUCGACUACACCCGUUAUCCCUGUCGAGAUUUUCAACUAAAGUGGCUGAGAGUAUAUUUGCAAACGUAUCUACAGAGAACCCAAAUCAGUGAUGCUGAAGUAGAAACAUUAUAUGUCCAGGUUAAUCAAUUUGCAUUAGCGGCACAUUUCUUCUGGGUUAUAUGGUGUCUAAUACAAGCCGAACAUUCCACAAUAGAUUUCGAUUAUGUUGAUUAUGCUUUUAUACGUUAUAAUGAAUAUUUAGCUAGAAAGGAUGCAUUUCUGGCUUUGGAUGCUAAUCUACCAAAGUGUAAAAUCUAAUGAUUUCUAUUGAUUUUGUAUCUUUGAUAGUCUUAAUUUGUGCUGUGGUAAUUUCCCUGCCUCGUCCUCCUACCAGUUCCCUGAAAGCUGCUCUUCAAAUCAGCUAAAAACAACAAUAAUUAUAAAAAAAAAUAAAUUUAUUUAAUAAAAUUAGCAUUCCUCAAGCAUUAAAAGUUUUAAUACAUAUUUAUUUUUCUCUUAUACAUAUAUUUUUAUAAUCGUAUUUUAUUAGCUUUUAACGAUUGAUAUUUUGUUCUCUCCUUGAUAUUUUCAAUAACUUUCUAUACACUUACAUAACUUUUUGAUUCACUUUCACUCUAAGAUUUUUAGCUUUGUCUCCCAAAUUAUUUUACAAUCUAAAUUUGUUAAAUUUCGGCUUACACAAUAUGAUUGUACAUACAAUAUAAUUAUAACUAUUUCUUACUUAGUCCUUAGUAACAUACUUAUUUAAUUAUUAUAUUUUUUAAUGAAAUUGAUUUGUGAUUAAAUACAAA